AUGAUAAAAGUGUUUGGUGAAGUCUCCAGGUGCUGCGGUCGGACCUUAGCCCGUAGCUCUGCCGGACUGACGGAGGGCAGCCCAGUGGAAACCAUGAGUUCAUGCAGCACAGAUGUUAAGGAAAACCGCAACUUGGACAAUCUCUUCUCCAAAGAGGGGGUUGCCCCAGAUCCGGCUCUCCCCAAUGGGAGCACCGGGGGGAGGAAACGCCCCCUAGAGGAGGGCAAUAACGGGCAUGCACACUCCAAGUACCGGCCCAAGAAGCGUAAGAAAGUCCCAGGGCCAAUACUGCCCAAAAACGCCCUGAUGCAGCUGAACGAGAUCAAGCCGGGGCUGCAGUACAAGCUCCUGUCUCAGACCGGUCCUGUCCACGCGCCCGUGUUUGUCAUGACGGUGGAGGUGAACGGGCAGCUCUUCGAAGGCUCGGGUCCCACCAAGAAAAAGGCCAAGCUCAACGCAGCAGAGAAGGCUCUGCGGUCGUUUGUGCAGUUCCCCAAUGCGUCUGAAGCGCACAUGGCAAUGGGCCGCACCAUGUCUGUGCACACGGACUUCACCUCAGACCAGGCAGACUUCCCCGACAUGCUGUUCAACGCCUUCGAGACAGCCACACCUCCUGAGGACCCCUUCUACCUGGCGUCUAACAGCAACGGCUCUUUCACCUCGGACUACCCCGCUCUGCCCUCCCCGCUGCCCAGCCUUGUCCAAGCACCGCUCCCCCCUGCGCCUUCCACGUUCAUGUCCCCAAACAGCGGCAAGAAUCCGGUUAUGAUCCUCAACGAGCUGCGGCCAGGGCUCAAGUACGACUUUGUGUCAGAGAGCGGAGAGAGUCAUGCCAAGAACUUUGUGAUGUCAGUGACGGUGGACUCGCAGCACUUUCAGGGCUCAGGGAGGAACAAGAAACUGGCCAAGGCUCGGGCCGCUCAGGCCGCGCUGUCCGCUCUGUUCAACAUGCAACUGGACCAGGCUCCGUCCAGACAGCCCAUCCCCCGAGAGGGACUCCAGCUGCAUCUGCCACAGGUUUUAGCCGACGCUGUGUCUCGUUUGGUGGUGGACAAAUUCAGUGAACUCACAGACAACUUCACAUCUCCACACGCGCGCAGGAAAGUUCUGGCCGGAGUUGUGAUGACCACAGGCACGGACGUGAAGGAGGCUCAGGUGAUCUGCGUCUCCACUGGGACGAAGUGCAUAAACGGGGAGUACAUGUCGGACCGGGGCCUGGCGCUGAAUGACUGCCACGCCGAGAUCGUGGCCCGAAGAUCGCUCCUCAGAUACCUGUAUGCACAGCUGGAGCACUUCCUCAGCACAGAUGUUAAGGAAAACCGCAACUUGGACAAUCUCUUCUCCAAAGAGGGGGUUGCCCCAGAUCCGGCUCUCCCCAAUGGGAGCGCCGGGGGGAGGAAACGCCCCCUAGAGGAGGGCAAUAACGGGCAUGCACACUCCAAGUACCGGCCCAAGAAGCGUAAGAAAGUCCCAGGGCCAAUACUGCCCAAAAACGCCCUGAUGCAGCUGAACGAGAUCAAGCCGGGGCUGCAGUACAAGCUCCUGUCUCAGACCGGUCCUGUCCACGCGCCCGUGUUUGUCAUGACGGUGGAGGUGAACGGGCAGCUCUUCGAAGGCUCGGGUCCCACCAAGAAAAAGGCCAAGCUCAACGCAGCAGAGAAGGCUCUGCGGUCGUUUGUGCAGUUCCCCAAUGCGUCUGAAGCGCACAUGGCAAUGGGCCGCACCAUGUCUGUGCACACGGACUUCACCUCAGACCAGGCAGACUUCCCCGACAUGCUGUUCAACGCCUUCGAGACAGCCACACCUCCUGAGGACCCCUUCUACCUGGCGUCUAACAGCAACGGCUCUUUCACCUCGGACUACCCCGCUCUGCCCUCCCCGCUGCCCAGCCUUGUCCAAGCACCGCUCCCCCCUGCGCCUUCCACGUUCAUGUCCCCAAACAGCGGCAAGAAUCCGGUUAUGAUCCUCAACGAGCUGCGGCCAGGGCUCAAGUACGACUUUGUGUCAGAGAGCGGAGAGAGUCAUGCCAAGAACUUUGUGAUGUCAGUGACGGUGGACUCGCAGCACUUUCAGGGCUCAGGGAGGAACAAGAAACUGGCCAAGGCUCGGGCCGCUCAGGCCGCGCUGUCCGCUCUGUUCAACAUGCAACUGGACCAGGCUCCGUCCAGACAGCCCAUCCCCCGAGAGGGACUCCAGCUGCAUCUGCCACAGGUUUUAGCCGACGCUGUGUCUCGUUUGGUGGUGGACAAAUUCAGUGAACUCACAGACAACUUCACAUCUCCACACGCGCGCAGGAAAGUUCUGGCCGGAGUCGUGAUGACCACAGGCACGGACGUGAAGGAGGCUCAGGUGAUCUGCGUCUCCACUGGGACGAAGUGCAUAAACGGGGAGUACAUGUCGGACCGGGGCCUGGCGCUGAAUGACUGCCACGCCGAGAUCGUGGCCCGAAGAUCGCUCCUCAGAUACCUGUAUGCACAGCUGGAGCACUUCCUCAGUAAUUCAGAUGACGAGCACCAAAAGUCUAUAUUCACGCGGUGCGACAGGACCGGGUUUGCGCUCAAAGAGAACGUACAGUUCCACCUGUACAUCAGCACGUCGCCCUGUGGAGACGCCCGCAUCUUCUCCCCCCACGAGGCCGGAGUGGAAGACCAGGGCGACCGGCACCCAAACAGGAAAGCCCGUGGGCAGCUGAGGACCAAGAUCGAGUCUGGGGAGGGGACCAUCCCAGUGAGGUCCAGCAACACCAUCCAGACCUGGGACGGAGUUCUGCAGGGAGAGAGGCUACUCACCAUGUCCUGCAGUGACAAGAUCGCCAGGUGGAACGUAGUGGGCUUCCAGGGCUCUCUUAUGAGCUACUUCACGGAGCCCAUCUACUUCUCCAGUAUCAUCCUGGGCAGUCUGUACCACGCAGACCACCUGUCCAGAGCCAUGUACCAGCGCAUCACGGAGAUCGAGGAGCUGCCCCAGUGCUUCAACCUCAACCGGCCUCUGCUCAGCGGUAUCAGUAACGCAGAGGCGCGUCAGCCCGGGAAAGCCCCAAACUUCAGCGUGAACUGGGCUGUGGGAGACCAAGCGCUGGAGGUCAUCAACGCCACCACAGGGAAGGACGACCUGGGACGGCCCUCUCGCCUCUGCAAGCAUGCCCUGUACAGCCGCUGGAUGAGACUGCAUGGGAAGCUUUCGCCCACUCUCCGCAUCCGGACGAUUCGCCCCAGCAGCUACCACGAGGCCAAGCAAGCGGCAGCGGAGUACCACUCAGCCAAACAGACUCUCUUCAAGGCUUUCCAGAAGGCCGGGCUAGGGGCCUGGGUCAAAAAGCCAAUAGAGCAAGACCAGUUCGCCCUGACCACCUGA